GCCGCCGCUGCCGCCGCCGCCCGGGGGGUGGGCCGCGGGGAGCCAGGCGGGUCCCGGCUGCAGAAGGCCCUGUUUUGGUUCGGAUCGGCCGCGAGGUAUCUAGCCUGCCAAGAUGCCAGGGCCCAAACCUCGGAAAGGCCCUAAGACCAGUGGCCAGGGUGCUGCAACUGCCAAGCAGCUGGGGCUUUUUGUGGAGUUCAACCCUGAGGACAUGCUCCUGGGGGUGGAUGAGACUGAAGAUGAUGGAGACCUGGAGGCUGAGCUAUUGGCUCUCACCGGGGAAGCAGGGACGACAAGCAGGAAGCCAGCACCCAAGGGGCAGGCUCCCCUGCCCAUGGCCCACAUUGAGAAGUUGGCAGCAGACUGUAUGCGAGAUGUGGAGGAGGAGGAAGGAGAGGAGGACGAAGCGCUGGAGGAGGAUCCAGACCUGUUGACAGAGCUGCAGGAGGUUCUGGGUGUGGAUGAAGACAUUGGGUUGCUGGAUGGCAGUGAGGCAACAAGCCCAGACUUGUCAGAGGAGAAGGCAUGGGACAAUGUUGAACAACCUGUGGUGCAGACAGCCUUCCAGCAGGCUUCGCCUGCAGCCGCUCAGGCUGGAGGGCCUCGGGGGCUGCAGGCUUUGUUGGAGGAACGGAUCCAUAACUACCGGGAGGCUGCAGCCAGUGCCAAGGAGGCCGGGGAAGCUGCCAAAGCACGGCGCUGUGAGCGAGGUCUGAAGACUCUGGAGUCCCAGCUUGCCACUGUGAGGAAAGGCGGGAAGAUCAGUGAGGAUGAGAUUCCACCUCCUGUGGCCUUGGGCAAAAGGCCCCCACCCCACCAGGAAAUAGCCAACAGGAACUCUGAGAGAGACUCUCAAGCUCCCUGUCCCAUGGAGUCAGGCAGUCUUUCCCAACCUGAGGCCAACAUCUCUGGCAGCUCUGCUGUUGCUCCCUUGCCUGAUUCAGACCCAGACCCACACACCAUGCUGUUAGCCCGUCAGAGAGACUACAAAGUAGCUGCUCUCAAUGCCAAGCGGGCUGGAGAUCUAGACCGUGCCCGGGAAUUCAUGAAGAUUGGGAAGAGAUUUGGUACUGUCCUGGAGGCCCUGGAGAAAGGGCAGCCUGUGGAUCUGAGUGCCGUGCCCCCCCCACCUGACGAUCUGAAGGCCCUCCCACAGGCUUCUAAGGCCCCCACAGCAACCCAAGUCCAGUCCCCAGCAGUGGAACAAGUGCAGCCAUUGAUGGCCUCUGACCUCCCAGCCAUCCCAGUGGCCCCUGCAGAGCCAAAAACAGUGCUGGAUGCUUUACAGCAAAGGCUGAACAGGUACCGUGAGGCAGGCAUCCAGGCCCGGGCCAAUGGGGAUGAGCGCAAGGCCAGGAUGCAUGAUCGCAUUGCCAAGCAAUACCAGGAUGCUAUCCGAGCUCAUCGAGCAGGACAGAAAGUUGACUUUGCUGAGCUACCUGUUCCUCCAGGAUUUCCUCCCAUCCCUGGUCUGGAGCCCAAUAAAGGUACCGAGGAGGAUUCAAUGGCAGCAACUUUGGCAACUGCCCAAAAACUGGCCUCAGAAGAUACAGCCCUAGUAGAUGAAAAUGAGGAGAGUGAUACCGCAGCACAAGCCCCAUUGGCCAAGAAGCCAGCACAGCCUCUGGUCGCUUCAUCCCGUCUUCUGAUUGACCCCAAGACCUCAAGUUCUAAGGAGUCACUGAGUCCAUCUGCUCGGGAGCAGCUAGCACUGCUGGAGGCUCGGAAACUGCAAUACCAACGAGCAGCCUUGCAAGCCAAGCGCAGACAGGAUCUGGAACAAGCCAAAUCUCAUUUACGAGUGGCUAAAAGUCUUGAGGCUCAGAUCAUCCAGGUCCGAGCAGGUCAACCCCUUGACCUCUCCAAGGUGCCUUCACCCUUGACGGAUGAGGAGGGUGACUUCAUCCUUAUUCACCAUGAGGACCUUCGACUCUCCCAGAAGGCUGAGGAAGUGUAUGCCCAGCUACAGAAAAUGCUCCUGGAGCAGCACGAGAAGUGCCUGCUGUUCUCCAAGCAGUUUAUGCACCAGGGCAAUGUGGCUGAGACUACCCGGUUUGAGAAUCUUGCUCAGGACCGAAAGAAACAGCUUGAGAUCCUGCAGCUAGCCCAGGCCCAGGGCCUUGACCCUCCCAGCCACCACUUUGAGUUGAAGACAUUCCAGACUGUGAGAAUCUUCUCAGAACUCAACAGCACAGAAAUGCAUCUGAUCAUCGUCCGGGGAAUGAACCUCCCAGCACCACCAGGAGUGACUCCUGAUGACUUGGAUGCUUUUGUUCGGUUUGAGUUUCAUUACCCUAACUCGGAUCAGGCUCAAAAGAGCAAAACAGCCGUGGUAAAGAAUACAAACUCUCCAGAAUUUGAACAAGUUUUCAAGCUAAAUAUCAAUCGAAAUCACCGGGGCUUUAGGAGGGUGAUCCAGAGCAAAGGAAUCAAAUUUGAGAUCUUCCACAAAGGAUCCUUCUUUAGAAGUGACAAACUGGUUGGCACAGCACACCUGAAACUGGAAAGGCUGGAGAAAGAGUGCGAGAUCAGAGAGAUCAUGGAGGUUGUGGAUGGAAGGAAGCCCACUGGAGGGAAGCUGGAGGUGAAGGUGCGGCUGCGGGAGCCUUUGAGCAGCCAGGAUGUGCAGAUGGUUACUGAGAACUGGCUGGUCCUGGAGCCUAGGGGCCUGUGAGGAAGGUGAGCAGCUCUCCCAGUCACCACACUAUCUCCCUACUAAAACUUCUUUUUCAGCCAUUUCUGAGAAGAAAGCCUUUGAUUUUGUCCUCUGAAGGAGGCUAAAGGAAAAACUAUUGGAAGCACUUGUGGGUUGUUUCUGAAGUUCCUCAGUAGACUUGGGGCAGGAAGGG